UUGGCCUCCGCCUGCUUCCUUUCCUAGCUCAAAUGUACGGGGAGGGGAAUGGGGUGUGCAGCUUGCGAAAGAGAAGCUUUUAACAGAGAGGAACGUCUCGAUCCAAAAACCAAGUUAAAAGUUUUCUGCUGGAGAAGACGGGGGCCUCGAGUGGGCGGGGGCAGAGAAUGGGCAUGCAAAAAAGGCAGAGGAAAUGAAGUCCAGAUGAGCCUCAUUUGCUGCCUAGAAAAGGCUUUGCAGCUCCCCGUCCACAAGAAGGAGAAUGCAUUUUUGUUCGUUGCGGCAAAGGGCGGGUCUUGGAUUCCAACGGUGCAGGGUGACGUGUACGGACACGGCGGGCUGCAACUGCGUGGGUGGCUUCUGUUGCUUUUGCAGAGCACGCCCAGCUCCCCUAUUCUCAGAUGCUCUGAGCUUUCUGGAAGGUGAUCAGCUCUCUGCUUGCUCCUUGGCUCUCUCGGACUCUUCGCCAUGUUCCUCGCUCAGGCUUUGAUUGAUGCCGCCACUGGUAGCGGCGGCCGGGGUGGCGGCGGCGGCGGUGCUGGAGGAGCCAUUGUGAGAGGCCUUGGAGGACUCUUGGAGGGGAAAGGAGGUGGCGGCAGCAGUGCCGGGAAAGCCAUUGGAGGCCUCUUGUCGGCGGCAGGGGGAGGUGGUGGUGGCGGCGGCAGUGCCGGGAGAGCCAUUGGAGGCCUCUUGUCGGCGGCAGGUGGAGGAGGGAGUGGUGGCAGUGCUGGGAGAGCCCUUGGUGGACUCCUGUCCGGAGGCGGCGGUGGGAAAACCGCCGGGAAUGUUCUUGGGCUGCUAGGAGGGCUUGUGAACAUCAUCAGCGAGGCGGCCGCUCAGUACACCCCGGAGCCGCCUCCAACCCCCCGCAGCCACUUUGCCAACGUGGAAGCCAACGAGAGCGAGGAGCUCCGCCAGUUCCGACGGCUCUUCGCCCAGCUGGCCGGCGACGACAUGGAGGUCUGCCCCACCGAGCUGAUGAACAUCCUCAACAAGGUGGUGGCCAGGCACCAGGACCUGAGGUCGGACGGCUUCAGCCUGGACACGUGCCGCAGCAUGGUCUCCGUCAUGGACAGUGACACCACCGGCAAGCUGGACUUCUACCAGUUCAAGUACCUGUGGGGCAACAUCAAGAAGUGGCAGUGUGUCUUCAAGCAGCACGUCGGCCCGUCAGGGACUCUGGAGAUGGCCCGCAUCCCUGCCGCUUUCAAGGCCGCGGGGUUCAACCUGCACGAGCAGCUGUACGCGCUGAUCAUCCGGCGAUACGCCGAGGAAGACGGCACCAUGGAUUUCAACAACUUCAUCAGCUGCUUGGUCCGCCUGGAUGGCAUGUUCCGGGCCUUCAAGUCCCUGGACCGGGCUGGAGACGGGAAGGUCCAGAUGAACCUUCAAGACUGGCUCCAGCUGACCAUGUACUCUUGAGACUGAACUAGGGGUGGGGAAAUUGCGUGCAUUGCUUGUUAGCCUAGAACGGCAAGUGUUUGCUGUUUAGUUAGAUAGCUGGAUCUGCUUGCUUUCUUAUGAUGAGACCAGCUCUGCCCCACAGCUACUCCUCGGGUGGUUUGGUGGGGUGGCAGUGGGAAAGGAGAGAUGGGGAAGGUAUAAACACAUGGCAUUUCUGCAAUAUGUACCUUCUUGCUCGAAGUGUCUUUGGCAUGUCAAAAAUCACCCAUGCAUAGAAGUUUUUGUACUGCUUUGAGGACCUUGUCUCUUUUUGCAUGCUGGACUGUCCAGAUACAUUUUAGGGGUGCAGAAAGCACGGGCAGAAAUGUUAUUUGGACAGACUGCUGUGCUGCAUUGCAGGGUGGCUUUUCUUCCUUGAGUUUAAAUUGUAUCUGAACUGCAGGGGGGAGAUGAAUUUCAGGCUGAGCAAGGUUUCCUUGGUAGGUGCUAUUAGCUAUUUCCAGCUUUUUGCCGAAGGGCAGGUUUGAAUCGCAAGCACUAGCAAAACAGACAUUCUACUCCUUUCUGAGCAUGAAGGAAUUCAAACAAGAGAAAAAUAAAACUUGGAUCACAUAAGCCUGA